AGUCUAACGCCUGGACUCGUCGGAGCUGAAUCGACUUUCACUAAAUGUUGACGCGUUGAUUUAUACACAGUGAAUCGUGUGUAGUGAUCGAGUGAUUGAUCGUUUUUUUUGGGACUGAAUUAAGUUGUUGCUGUUGAUCGAGAUGAGUAGUGAGUCGGGGACCUGGAAGCAGUCCAAGUUCGAGGCCAGGGAGAAUCCGCUCUUCUUUUGGCAGUACUUCGAUACAACUUUCUUUCUGGUGACGACGAUAACUUUGAUGAUGAGCUUCUGGGUCUUCAGGACGUUGAAGCAGUGGUACCGAGACAGAGCGAGAACGUUGUAUUUAGCCUCCAAACUUCCGGGACCACCCACGCUUCCACUGAUCGGCAAUGCUCACUUGUUUGCUUGCAACCCAGAAGAAACGCUGGACAAAAUCAAACAAAUCGUACAGAGUGUCGAUACACCAGGACGAUUUUGGCUAGGGCCGAAAUUAUUCAUCAUAUUAGCAGAGCCUCGCGAUUACGAGGUGAUAUUAGGAUGUCACAAAGCGUCGUACAAGGAUAAAAUGUACGAGUUCAUAGAGCCUUUCGUCGGAAAGGGACUAGUCAGUGGAUCUGGACCAGUUCACAGGGCCCACCGUAAAGCCAUAAUGCCGAUGUUGAACAGCAAAGCCCUGAACGAGUAUUUGAAGCAUUUCGACACCCACAGUCGCAUUUGUUCCGAACUGCUCGAGGAAAAGGCCGGCACCGGAGUUUUCGACAUACAGCCAUUCAUGGUUCACUGUACUUUUGACAUGAUCUUCGAUACCAUAUUGGGAAUGCCGGGUAGUUCGCAAAAAGAAGGUCACAAAGAACUGGUUUACUGGACGGAAAAAAUGUACGAGUUGGUCCAUACGAGAAUGAUAAAAGUGUGGCUGCACGCCGAUUGGAUAUUUUCAUGGACCGAUCUCGGAAAAAAACAGAAAGAGGGACAGCAUGUUAUCCACAGCUUCAUUGAGACUGCAGUGGCGCGAAAGAAAAAAGAGCAUUACGCAAUCGAACGAGAUGCCAUCGCUCCUGAUAGACCGAGGCUUAUGCUGUUGGAGCAAUUAAUCGAUCACAACGCCAAGACGAAUCUCAUGAACGACACGGAGCUCAGAGAUGAAACCUACACUAUAUUCACUGCUGCCCAAGACACCACGGGGGUGAUAAGUUCCUUCGCUUUACUGAAUCUGGCUAUUAACCAAGAGAUUCAGGACAAAGUUCGGGAGGAAAUAAGGAACGUCGUGGGCAACGACAGCGUCACGGUCGAGCAUUUGCCGGAACUCAAGUACACGGAAUUGGUGAUCAAGGAAACUCUGAGACUUUAUCCGAUCGCCCCAUUGAUGGUCCGAGAGGCUACCGGGGACAUCGAUCUGGAAACUUGUACUUUACCCAAGGGAUGCUCCAUAGUGAUGAUACCGUACGAGACACACAGGAGUACGAAGUACUGGACGGAUCCGGAGAAGUUUAUUCCGGAGAGAUUUUUACCGGAAAACUCAGUCGGAAGACAUCCCUAUGCCUACAUACCAUUUAGCGGUGGCCUUCGUGGUUGCGUUGGUCAAAAAUUCGCAAUCAUGUGCUUGAAGACGAUGCUCGUUCACGUUAUAAGGAAGGUCCGAUUGACUUCGACGCAAAAUCUGGAAACGCUUCGAUUGAAGGCUGACAUAUCAGUUCGAUCGAGAGACGGCUAUAUGGUAUCUGUAGAGCGAAUAUAAUUUUCAACAGCUGCUGCAUCAUCCCAUACAACUUUAUAGGAUUAUCGUAACUUUAAAUCUUAUCUUUAGGAAUAUAAUAAAUUUUAAUGGGUGCCUAUGCACGUUUGUACAUAAUAUGUAUGAGAUCAACCUCGAGAGCGAAAUACAAACUACUUUAAGUACUUACUCUAUGACUUUGAUAAUCUUUCCCAACAUAGUUGCUUUUCAAUAAGUAACUAGAGAAAGGAAUAGUGGGAUACAGAAGUAGAGGAAUGAUGUUUGGAUUAAGUAAUUUCACUACUCCAGAGAUGUACUUGUCAUUUCUCAAUUUAUUUAAUAAAUUCUUCAACUGAUAAUAUUCUUUACAUAAAAAACGCUAACUUAUCGUAAUUUCCUUCGAUAAAUUGUACCAUACUGUAAUGAAAAAAAAGAAACAUUGUAUGUUUAUAGCGACGAAUAUGCUCUUAAGACUACUUGAAAGUAUACAAAUGUUAAAAACAUGCUUGUUUGUUCUCCGUGUACACCUAACCAUUUCUUGAUGGGGAGGAGGUAAUUGAAUUCCUUCACGCCACAUAAUGAUAAUGAAAAAUAGCGGUAUUGAUGAUAAAAUGGCAUAAUUAAUUAAUUAGAUAAUAGUAAUUAGUAAUAAUAGUAGUCCCAAGAAAUAGAGAAAAAAUAAUCGCAUGUGUCGACAUACAUAAUGAAAUAUGUUUAUCUAUACAUAUCUCGUGGUGACGAAUAAUCGAAUAAUCCAUCGAUGAGUCCAUACAAUUAAUACGACGCAAUGAAUAAAGAAAAGAAAAACAAAUAUUUCGAUAGGGGGAUUAAAGAUGCAGUGCGAUCUUAAUGAUCGAUGUUAUAGAAUUUGUCGAUAAAUAAUUAAUUAAUCGCAGUAAAUACAAUCAAGUCAUAUAAUUACAUCACAGAGAAUUAUUUUUUUAUUUAAUUUAUCGUUCUUUCUUUCUCCCUCUCUCGCUUUCACUCAACUUUCGCUCGUGCAUUUCACUCUUUCCCUGGCUUCGUUUUGCUCUCCUAUUCUCACAAACGUCGCUUAGCCGUAUUUCGUUUUUCUUUUACUGCACGUCUUUGUUUCCAAACAGAUUCAUUCUCAAUCACUCGUUUUACUUCCUUCGAAACAUCCCACGUUUUAUUAUUUUUUUUUUUUUCAUGUUUUUCACGAACGCAUGUACUUCUCGCGACUUAAAUACAUGUAUCUACUUAGUAAAUACAUUCUCCACUGUGCAGAUUCAUUCGGGUGUUUAUUCUCUUUUUUUUAUAAGAUUAAGAAAUUAUUAAAAAGAUGUAACGUGUUCGUGUGUAUGUCAGUGUGUGAAUGUAUGUGUGCUUGUAAUUUUUUGUUUUCUUUUAUUAGGGAACUUGUACGUGCUCCAGACUUUCCAUCGGCGCUCACAAUGAAAGUCUCUAAUUCUGGAUCUUAAAGCUAC